AGUUGGCUGGUUUCAGAUUUGUGGAUAAUUUGAUGUUCAAACUGUGAUUUCUGGCAAUCUUAUUUAAAUGCGGUCCUGCUGGUUCUUAGCCUGCUGCCUGGCAGCACGGCAGGAUGAAGGGGAAAAAAUUAAGAAAUGUGUCAAAAAAUACAGACUGGUAGAGCUAAAAAGAGAACUGGAAGCUUUGGGAGUUAACAUUGAUGGGCAAGUGGAUGAGACUAAAAAGAAAAACAAAAAGGAAUUACAAAAGCUCCUCAUAAAGGAGCUGAAGAAGAUUGAACACGACAAAAAAAGACUGGACAACAGGGCUUACGAAGACGGGUUCACUAUGGCCAUGGAUAUCCCCGAACAUGUCCUAUCUGCUCUGAAUGAACUGGAGGCUUUGAGAAUUUACAGUGAUGAGGACAUGGAUGAGACUACAAAGAAAAACAAAAUGAAGAGAAAAAUUGAACUACAAAGGUUCCUAAUAAAUGAGCUGAAGGAGGUUGAGCACAGCAAAACUGACCUGCACAACCAAGUUUACGAAGAGAAAUCACUAAUCACUAUGCCCAUGGAUAUCCCUGAAGAUGUCCUAGAUGAUCUGGACACAUUCUUGGAUAAACAGUUGGAAGUAUCAGAGAGAUAUGAACGAAAAGAUGUCGUGCUCGACAGUCUCCUGUUUAAAGUGGACUCGACUCUAGCAGUUCAUUUUAAUGGAGGCCAGAGGCUGGAGACAGGAAAGAGGAGGCGGAACGGGAGGCCUGUUUCUGGAGUGCCCUACAAAUUCACAAUGGCUCCAUCCCUGGGAGGAGGUUUUGUGUGGUAGGACAGCAGACGGCUGACAAGGACCAUU